AUGGACUCUGAAAAACAUCAAAAUGAAUGUCCAAAAGUAUUUUUAAAAUGUGAAUUUUGUAAUACUGAUAUCAUAAGAUCAUCAUUAUCUGAUCAUCAUAAAACUUAUUAUUUUCAUGAAUCUAAAAAUUUCUUUUGGGGUACUAGUGAAUUUACAGAUUCAACAAAUGUUUUAAAAAAUUAUUUGAAUGAAAGGGGUGAACUAGAAUUAUAUUUCACAAUUAAUAUUAAAGGUGAAGAAACUGUUCCAUUAUAA